AUGUCUGGCAACCAGGGUAAUUCCGCGUCGCAGACCGGCGGCGACCAGGUAGCAUUUGACGGUCAGGUAGGUCGCCGUGUUCCUUAUGUCCCGGAUCCCAUCUUUCCCUCGUGGCGGGUGCUGACACUCAAGCGCGCACCCCAGACCACCGUCACUCUUAUCAUCCAAACACUCCUACAGGCCGGAAUGACACCACAAGAGAUCGCCGCCGCCUUCGAGACAGCCUUCACAACACACCUGAACACCAACAUCGUCCCACUCUUCCCCACCUGCCACGUCCUCCUCAUCCAGCUGCAGGGCCAGAUCGCCGCCCUGCGCACGCAGGUGGAAAUCCUCCAGGAGGCGAAUACGUCGCUGCAGAAUCGGUUUGUGGCGCGCGGCGACCGGCUGAUGGUGCUGCUAAGCCAGAUGCAGGAUUUGCGCGCGCAGGUGGCGGCGGCCACCGCGGCGGGGUGGGUGCCGGUGGUUGGGAAUGGUGGAGAUGAAGAGAGUUUUGAUGAGGAAGAGAUGGAUGAGGAUGAUGAGACGGACGAGGAUGAUGGGACGGACAACCCCCAUCAGACGGACAAUGGUGAUGGGAUGGACAGGGAGAAUGGGAUGGAUGGUGGGAAUGAGACCGACGGAGAGGAUGAGAUGGAGGAGAAUGGCGGGGCUAGGCUGAAUGGAAAUUAA